AUGUCUGAACAGAUUGGGGAUAAACGAAAACUGAAGGAUGAGAGUGAAUUUCCUUCUGUUUCUAUUGGUGACGAAGGGAAAGUCAUUCAAGUUUUACCUAAGAGACCGGUGAUAGUUCCAACUCAGAAACCUAACUUACACUAUACUCCAUUGAAAACCGGUAUUUGCUACGAUGUCAGGAUGAGAUACCAUGCAAAAAUAUUCACAUCAUAUUUUGAGUACAUUGACCCACAUCCAGAAGAUCCAAGAAGAAUAUAUCGUAUUUAUAAAAUUUUAGCAGAAAAUGGUUUAAUUAAUGAUCCUUCUUUGACAGGUGUUUCAGAUAUUGGUGAUUUAAUGUUAAAGAUUCCAGUGAGGGAAGCAACAAAAGAAGAAAUUCUUGACGUUCAUACAGAGGAACAUAUGCAGUUUUUAGAGAGUACUGAAAAAAUGACUCGUGAAGAAUUAUUGAGCAAAACAGAAAAAGGUGAUUCCGUUUAUUUAAAUAAUGAUUCUUAUAUAAGUGCAAGACUGUCAUGUGGUGGUGCUAUAGAAGCCUGUAAAGCUGUCGUUGAAGGUAGAGUUAAAAAUGCACUUGCUAUUGUAAGACCACCUGGUCAUCAUGCUGAACCGCAAGCUGCUGGUGGUUUCUGUUUGUUUAGUAAUGUCAGUGUAGCUGCAAAAUCGAUUCUGAAAACAUAUCCAGAAAGUGUAAGAAAAAUUUUGAUUGUAGAUUGGGAUAUCCACCAUGGUAAUGGUACUCAAAAGGCAUUCUAUGAAGACGACAAUGUUCUUUAUAUUUCAUUACAUAGGUUUGAAUUAGGAAAAUUUUAUCCAGGCUUUCCAGAAGGUAAUUACGAUAAAGUUGGGGACGGUAAAGGUAAAGGUUUCAAUUGCAACAUCACAUGGCCUGUAAAAGGUGUAGGUGAUGUAGAAUAUAUUUGGGCUUUUGAGCAAAUCGUAAUACCUAUGGCACGUGAAUUUAGACCAGAUUUAGUUAUUGUAUCGUCAGGGUUUGAUGCUGCACACGGCGAUACUAUUGGACAAUGUCACGUUACACCAAACUGUUAUGGUUAUAUGACACAUAUGUUAAAAUCAUUAGCUAGAGGUAAUUUAUGUGUUGUACUUGAGGGUGGUUAUAAUCUGGACUCAAUCUCUAAUAGUGCCCUAGCAGUUGCAAAGAUACUUAUAGGUGAACCACCGGACGAAAUACCUGAAUCCGAUAGAGACCCUAAACCUGGAGUCCUUGAAAUGAUAAAUAAAGUCAUUAGGGUGCAAUCAAAAUACUGGAAGUGUUUCAGACGCAAAUUUGGUAAUUUUGGAGGGGAGUACGAAAAUGCGAUUGAAUCUCAAAUACCGAAAAUGUUCCCACUACAAGAUGCCAUUAGAAAUGCACAACUAUCUCAUUAUUAUGAUGAUUUUGGUAUGAUUAGUUUAAGCUUACCAAAUUUGAAUUUACCAAAAAAUUCAAUAAUAUGUUCAAGUAAUUUUUUCAAGGCAAAAUCAUUAUGCGUCUUAUUGCAUGACACGCCUGAAGUGUGGGGAAAUAGAGACAUAAUAACUGGUAUUAUCGAUCCUUCUACUUCAAUAAUAUUUGAUUCCUCGUUGAAAUUUAUAAACUGGGCAAUUGAGAGAGAAACGGCUGUUAUCGAUAUUAAUAUUCCUAGAUCCGCAUUUGAAGCUGAUAAUUAUUCAUCAAAUUUACUAUCUCAGGAUGUUAUGAUCUCACUUUGGGAUAAUCAUUUCAAGUACAUUGAAUCUCUAGAGAAAUUGUGCUUUAUUGGUAUUGGAGAGGCAACAUCUGGGAUUGUGCAUUUAUUAGGUAAAAGAGAUACAAGGACAGUUACAAAAGCAGCAAUAAAUUUUGUAGGAAGUAGUUCUUUGAAACCGAUAGUCCCAUCAUUAGAUGAAUCUCUAGGUGAUUGGUACUUCAAGAACUCAUUGGUUUUCACAGAUCAUUUCCACGGUUGUUGGUCUGAGAAUGACAAAAAACCGCGUAAGAAAUAUGGUAGAGUUCUCAGAUGUGAUACUGACGGAAUACAUAAUAUAAUAGAAGAAAGAUUUGAAGAGGCAACAGACUUUAUCUUAGAUGCAUUUGAUGAAUGGAGUGAUACGGAAGACGAAUAA